UCAUCGUCACCCUGUCGACUAUCACCACCAUGGCGAACGCUUCGUCCACCAAUCCCAUCGACGAGGGCCUCCAGGAUCUGGGCGUCCCGGUACCGGUGCAGACGUUCCUGUGGCAACAGAUAGCUCCCUUCAUCCGGCCGAAGCUGGGCAAACUACACGAAGCUAGCUGCAUGUUCUGUCAACACGCACCCGGACACCAUGAGCUGAAGGAAGCAUGCAAGUCCUUCGAGAAAGUGCUUGUGCAGAACAUUCAGUUCGGACUCUCACCCUCACUAACCUCCGCACUAGAAUCGAUCCCAAGAUGGCGCAUUGUUCAGGCUGCCUUACCGCACGUGAUACACUGUGCCGGAGCCCUGAUGCACAAUCGCGUAAAAGAUCUACAGGCGCUCGGUUCGGCCGAAACGAAAAUACUCUACACCCUUCACUGGAUACUGCUGUUUGCGGCGGAAGAGUGUGCGGAUGCCGAAACCGACAAGGAAAAUACUGCGAACAAUUACCUCUUUUCGAUACCAACGAUAUCGCUGUUCGUGUUUCUGUUCGCACCCAUCGCCCACAUGCUGAAGGAGUCCGACUUUCAAAACUUUCGGCUCGAAAAUGGGCUCAAGAUGUGGCAGGGUAUGUGGGAGUAUCGGGCACCGAAUGCACCCUGCUUUACGGCACCGGUCAAACCGAAGGCACGGAAUCUACUGAGCUCGGUUAGCACCACACCAUCGCCGGAGGUGUUCUCACCCAAGAAAAUGGAAAACAUUGAAUCGCCACCGAGCAUCUACUCUGGCAACAUUAAGCACGAUGACGAGCUGUCGUUCGUAUCGUCGCCGAAAGAUUCCGUCUUUCCCGAAACCAUCCCGGAAGAGGCGUCCAGCGUGGAGGAGGAACGUGUCGUUAUCUUUCGACUUCCGAUGGAUGGUGGCGUACCGGAUCCAUCGUACUAUACGGCUGACGCGAGUUUGCUACAUCAUGGAGCAAAGUUUAAUAAACCACCGUCACAUCAAACACCGACCAGUAGUGCUGUUGGAUCGAGACCACAUCCGCUGCACCAAUCGGACCAUCGCGGUGAAGCUACAAGCUUCGACUUUGAUAGGAUUGAUACUUAUAGUAAGGAUUCAAAGCCGAAGACAAGUUCCUCCACGGAGCGUGAAUCCUUCGAUACCGAUCCAAAGAUGUCGCAAGGUCACAAGUGUGAUGUUAUAGCUGCCACCUUUCUGGAUGUAGCCGUACUGCGCUGCUUGUUCAUUUCGCAUUGGCAAGAGGAAGGUGUCUACUGGAGCCUACAUUAUCUCUACAAUCGAUUGCGUGACAUCAGCGAAGAAACGUCAGCCCUUCCAUCCCACCCGAGACGACGUUCGAACUCGCUACCCAUACCGCAGAUCGAGAUUUCCCUCUACCAAGGUCCGAGCAGUAGCCGGGACAGUCCCAGCAUCGGCUCAGCCAACAAAGACUACAUAGAGAUACCGGAUCCACCAAUAACUGCCCUGCUAGCAGAUGCACCGUACUACGUGUCGAAGCUUCCUUCCGACGAGUCGUCGCUUGGACCGCUGAGCGAGCGGAAGGGUAGCGAGAAGAAGCGUCGCGUUAAGAUGGCCGACCUGCGGACACUGAUCGAAACACGCAUCCUGUCCAAAUCGGACCGUGGGUUGGAAAAGAUCGGACUCGAUGCGAACACGAACGGGAAGCGACUGCAGCAGAUGGAUUGUCAUCGUAGCUUGGACACUGGCGAACGGCAACUUUCCCGCUCGGCGUCAAUGAUAUCGCGUGCACCAUCAACGAAUCUUGUCAAAGGCAAAAGUAUGCCCAGCUUAAGCUGUCUCAUUGAUGGCGGAUUCCAUCGAAACAUUGAACCACCACCGAAGGUUAUACGUAACGUACAGUCGAAUAUACAAUCGAGACAAUCGAGCACAACGCCCAAGUAUCCGAUCAUCACCGUUACAGAGCAUACGCCAACACCGUCGCCUGAUUAUAUGAAAAGACAGGGUUCCAUCGAUUCGCAACUGGAUGCGCUGAGUGCCGGUGGCAGUACGGGAAUGUUCAAAUCGCAGAUGUUGCGAUCACAUACGGAUUCUCACAUUGGGUACACGUGCGUUUCGGAUGAAACGGAAGCACCUGGAUCCUGCUUCUACAUCACCAAGGAGGGUACGAUCGAUUACGAGGUCGUGCUGCUUGCAGUACAUUGUGUAUUCAAGCGUGAUUCCAGCGUUUGCACACUUCGCGUCCUUGAAGCUGGUCUUAACAUCUGCGAAAUCCUGCUUGAUCUAGGCGUACUGAAGCUUGGUGACCAUGCACAUUCGCUUGCGAUCGGUAUCGUUAAACGAGCCUUUAUGCAUCUCGGCUGUCCACAUGGAUGUAAUGAUGCAAACCGUGGCCCACCGGCCGAAGUGUUACGUACCACCUGCAACUCCAUCCUUUCACGGCUGUUGCGUCAGAAUGGGAAAAUCCUCAAGGCAAACUUGCGCGCAUUCAUCAAGGAAUCGCCAUUGCACGAAAUUACCGACUUCUUUCACGCGUAUCUGGGCUUCUGUGUGGAUCCGAGCUCGCUACUGUCACCGUUGAACCAUAAGAGAUCAUCUGGCAUAAAAUCGUUGAACGCUGACUUUGGCGGUAUAUCAGGCGGCCAGGGCGGGUACGCGACCAACUUUGGCAGUGGAUUAACAGGCGGCACGGAGAGUCAACUGAUCGGGGCCAUCUUCAAGACGCUCGCUACCCGGCUGGUACAAUCACUUAAGGAGCUUAAAUCUCAGGACAACCUGGCGCUCUACUGUGACAUCCGGCAGCUCAUCACGUACGUCAAGGGUGCCCACGGUGGUCCGUUCCGUGUGGUGGCGUUGAGUGGCAUUCUGGCCGUUACGCCACGCCCUCACAAGCAGGCACCAAACAUGCAGACUACGCGCGUUAUACGCCACCUGCCAACGAACGACAUCCAGCUGCUGCAGCAGGAUGAGAAGGCACAGCGCAAGCUGCUGUUCAAGAAGAAGAGCACCUCCUCGACGUGCGUCAUCGUUCCUUUCCUGUUGCAGCUGUUAGAGACGGAAGGUUUCGAGGAGCCGAGCCGGGCCAGCCAGAGCCCGUUAAGCAAUCUGCGCCGUAAGGGGCCGCAAGUGCGGCCCACCCUUACCCCUCGCCACAGCGAGCGGGCUUUACUGUCUGAUUCUACUUCCAGCUCGGAGCGCAACUCGGUCGGCCGGUUGACGGGUAUCGUGCGAUGGUUCCGGCGUUCGAAGGACCGCGAAUCGGUGGACCUCGAGUCGGGCAUACUGGCGGCAAGCGGGUCCGAAUCGAUGGCGAACUUUAUGCGCAAGGGGUCACUCAACUUUCAGACGCGCAACCGUGCGACGGAGGGUAUCGGGCGGUCGAUUCAGAAGGCGAAACGACGGUUAAAUCGAUUGGGGCUUGGCAAGGGCAAGAAGAAGACGGGUGGUACCGAAGACGUGGGGGGAAGUUAUUUCAGCAGAAGAAGUUCGCUUGAUGUCAGCGAUGGGCCACGUGAGUCGGAAGUGGUAGUACUGAAGGAACGGCGCCUUAUCCCAAUAUCGCCGGUACGGGAAGGAAUGGCUCGAUUCGCUCUACUGCUGGAAGUGUGCGCACCUGGUUCGGUUCCUGAUCCUGCACUGAUCACAGCACUGCUCGAUCUGCCGCAAGCACCGAUUGUUGCCCGAGCCGCAUUCUUGAUCGAGUGUGCCCACUUUGUCCAUCUGUGCAAUCGCGGACAGUGGCCAUCGUGGAUGAAACAAAAUCUACCGGUGUUUAGACCAUCGGGACCGGCAAUGGGUACCAGAACGGCUAUGGCUGCCGGUACGCGACGUGCUCACGUUCUUCAACGAGCGGCCGGUAAAAUGUUUCACCAGUGGGGGGAAGCACUGGGCGCUCGGUUGAACGAGAUGAUCAACAACGAUAAACUAACCUCGGAACAGUUGGCUGCCAGUUUAUCCGAUCCAGAGAAACAGAAACAGUUACUGCAACAGGACGAGGAGGAAGAUUUCCUUGAUGAAACAAGUGUCAAUCCACAUGGCAACGACUGUCCACCGGCGUUGAAACUGAUCGCGUGUGUGCUUUUACUCGAGAUCACUGCUUUCCUAAGGGAAACGUAUCAAACGCUACCGAAGGCAUCGCGACUGUCUACCAAGGAGAAGCACACUCCUUGGGAUAAAGUUUGCCGAGGUGAAACUAAUCGUCGUUGGUCGAUGGCGCUCAGCUCUAUGGGUGGUCAUUCGCAAACGUCUGCCCAGAGUCUGCAAUCCAUCGCCGGACAGACGGAACGGAAAAUUUCGUUCGUACUGCAGGAACCGGACAACGAAUCGGAAAACAGCAGCAACACCACACUAACCAUCCAGGGCGAGGAAAAUGUGCAGCAAGGUCAGAAGCGUACGUUGGCUACAUCGAGAAAUUUUCUGUUGCGCCGUGGCACGUCCGCUACUCCAGCCGGUGGUUCGUUCAAGCGACGCUCGUUGAAACUUCGACGCGGUGCCAAAGAUUUGAAGGAGGUGGAAAAUGAAUAUCCAGUAAGGCGUACCGAUUCCAUUCAAUCCAAACGCAAGGUAUCCUCGCUAUCCGAUAGAAGCGAUAACUCCGAACCAGGACAAAUCAGUGGUGGAGAAGAGUCUCCCGGCAUCUUAAGUGAUGAUCAACCACCAGAAUCACCGUGCGAUUCGAACGAUUCGGAUGAAACAACAAAGAACCUACCGUGGCUCAAAUCGGUAUCCAACUUUCUUGGCUCGUUCAACUACUAUUGCGAUCAUCAGAACUUUUGUCACCCUUACUGCUACCGGCGGCAUAUGCGUGCCGCUACCAAGCUGAUACGUGCUGUUCGAAAGGUUUAUGGCGAUGAGUUUGGUGUUACUCCGGUCACCUACGCUCAGCCAAACGAGUCUGCCAAGGGAACUACGCGUCGCGAUCGGUCCAAGCAAGGUCGCAAGGUGUCGGACCAAAGCUCAUCUCAAACCUCGCCUUCCAAGCGCAAGGACAGCGUCACAAAACGUGAUCGGAUUUUGCUACAAGAUGAAUCCGAACCAAACACCUCCCAAUACUCAACGUUCAUACACGAACCGAAACACCAGCCGGAGGAUCCACCGGUGUUGAAGUACAUCAAAAAUCAAGUACGUGACGUGUUUCACGCUCCCAUAGCGUCACUCGUCAAGGGUGCGGCCGUCCUAACGGAGGAACAAUUCGUUGAGGUCAUACCGAUCGCAUGGGAACUGCUGCUAGAAACCGACCAGGAAGUAUCGGCCGCUUCGGCAGCCCUCUUCAUACUGGCCUCGGUGAAGGCACCAAACACCGCGACGGACAUUAUGCAGCGUUCGCUGAAGAACAAAUGCCCGAACACUCGCAUCCAAGCGAUUCUACGCUACCAGGUGCUGUGGAAGAAUCGCUUCCAGGUGUGGCCACGCAUGGAGGAGGGUGCCCAUCUCUCGUUCAAGGUACCUCCGCCCGGCAUAGAAUUUACACUUCCCUCACCUAAGAUCGGUAUCGAAAGCCUGCCGGUGGUGGAUCCACCCUGGAUGCCGCGUCAGCAAAACAAAGACAUGGAAGUCACAUUGAACCAGGAGCGACAUCGUUCCUUGGUAACGGCUACGAAAACGCGCAAGAAGCAGCAAACGGAAGCAAUCCGUCAUGCGAUGCUGCAGCAGGAAGACAAACAGCGUUCGGAGCGUCAGAGUUUCCUCAUCACUACGAUUCCGAUCACGCAACAGGCAGCACACGAACCCGGUCUCGAUCAUGGACCGGCGGAAGAUCACGUGGAGGAAGAAGAGGACGGUACGAGAUCGGCCAUUCAUAUGCAUGCGGCCCAUUCGCUGUUUCCUUCCUGUUUGUGCUCGUCCGUAAUGCAAAUCGUGGCAUGUUUGGAUGAUGCAGCCGUCAAUUCGGACGGAUGUGCCGUGUACGAGGUGGCAUAUCAGGUUAUCUGGAUCUGUCUCGUUGAAGAUUCUGCCCUAUUUUUGCGUUACGUGCUCGAACGCUUAACGCGAGAUCAUCAGGAUCAGAUGUUUAAGCUGUUGCGACACUUGAUCCGCUUUGUGCCGAGGUUGCCCCAGCAGGCAGCAUUCGCACUGUACAACUACAUCAUUGGGUACGUGAUGUUUUACGUACGAUCGACACACGAGUGUAGCCAGCAGCUGGUAGGGUCCGCCCUAUCGGUCCUGUGGAUGGUAGUGCACAGUGUGCACGGAAUUAUGUUUAAAGAUUUGAAACAAAUCCUGCGCAAAGAGCAGUGUGAUGCAUCGAUCCUACUAACGGCUAAUGUACCGUCGGCGAAGAAGAUCAUCGUGCACGGUCCAGAAGAUGAAGGUGGCAUACCGUCCCAGUUCCCGGUACAAGAGGACACACAGUUCUCGCAGCUGCUCAGUGAAUCAUUGGAUUUUUUCGGCAUCGACGAAAAGAAGCACGCACAGCACGUGCUCGUCGACUACAAGAGUCAUCAAAUUCUGAACCCCAACUGGUACGUGCGUGAUCUGUACUUCUUCAAACGCUCCCAAUAUCCCCAACUCCGGCUGGUAGAAAUGAAACCCGAAGAAUCCUUCAACGCUCUACAGCGCCAGGAAUUGUGCAAAAAGUUUGUCGAAAUCGGGAAAGUCCAUCUAACCUGGGCUAUCCUCAAGAACGUUGAUAUGGUCGUACAACGCGUAGUAUUCCUCCAUGAAGAGCUUAUGAAGUUACCAUCCUUCCCACGGAAAGCACUGGAAGCCGAUCUAGAUUUGCAUCAGGGCGGUGAGCUCGGCAAGGAACUGCUCGGACUGGAUGUACUGCACAAGUUCAUGUGGGUACGACUGAUCGCGCGUAUGUUCGAAGCGAUGGCCGGUAACUUUGCCUAUUCGGCCGACAUACAACUCUUCCUGAACGUGCUAUCGGGGGCCGCCUUACUACACUCAGAAGAUUCGUGUAUUAUGCGAUACGUUACGGCCACCUUCAUUAACGCGGCGUCCAACUUCAAGAACAUUUUCUCCACCAACGGUUACUUCAUGAUCAUGCCGGCCAUGCUGCAGGUGUACUCGCUGCACCAGACGAACAAACUCGUCACCACCACGAUCGAGUAUGCCGUGAAGCAGUUUUACCUACUCAACCGGAAGCCUUUCAUACUGCAGAUGUUUGGUUCCGUGUCGGCGAUUCUCGAUACGGAUGAGAAUGGAACGUACGGCGAGGCACACAAAGUUCAGUCGAGCUGCUUGUUCAAUCUGCUGCUCAGCCUGGAAACACCAUCGCCCGAUCCGCUCAAUAUAGCCGAGCUGGUUAAAGAACCAAAACCACUGAAGGCGAUCGAUUUUUGCUACCACGAUGAGGACGAGAUGGUGACGGUGUUGGAUUGCAUUACGCUUUGUGUGAUGGUAGUGUCGUAUUCUGCUGAAAGUACACGCGGGUAUCAGAUGUUGAUCAUUUUGGAAGCCAUUUUACCGUGCUACAUGCAGCAAAUUCAAUCCUCGUCUUACAUUCCACUGGAAGGGAAAUGCGAGCGGGACAUUAUACUGCAGCUAGCCGUGACAAUUCGCACUAUGGUGCACAAUUGCGAAGGUUUGUCGAAGAGCUACAAUGGUCCCUUCCGGAACAGUCCCGAACACAAGGGCUCAAGUCAGCGUAACUGUUCCCGUGGUCCACCAUGCUCGCCCGGGCUCGACUACGAUGACGAAUCCCACGCAAAGUACGUCAGCGAUAUUGGACGUUCCAAGAUGUUGAACGAAUCGGUCGAUGAUUCGGAAACGAUACGCGAAUAUCGGCGACCGCGCGAUGUGCUCCUAUCGGUGGUGGGUGAGUUCAUCAUACAAGCCUCAACGCGACUCGCCGAGCUAGCCCGCAAGCAGGGCGAACCCAAACCGAUGGAACUGCUGGACGUAAAGUGUCACGUACGGUUGGCCGAAAUAGCUCACUCGCUGCUCAAAGUCUCACCGUACGAUCGAGAAUCGAUGGCUUGUCGUGGAUUGCAGCGUUACAUGCAGUGCAUCUUCCCGCGUGCCGAGUGGGCCGACGAUCAUGGCAUGAAGCCAACUCUGGUUACGAUUUUGCGCCGACUGGACAAAGUGUUUCUGAAGAUAUCGAAAAAAUCUUCCGUACGUCGUAACACCAACUGGGAAGCGGCAGCCGGCCUAUUGAAGGGAGUAUCCGAAGCCAUCAUUCGCUAUCCACACAUACUGCAUUGGCGAGAAAUGAAGGCACUUCUAACGAACGUUCAGAAUUUGAUCGUAAACGAACCGGGCAACUUCCCGGAAGGUGUAUCCGGUGCUGGUGCUGCGCUGAUGUCGAAAAGCCCACCGGCAUUCUUCUGCUCGAAUGUGGUACGGUUGGUAGCAUUGCAGGUGGUCAGCCCGAUCGAUUCCAUCUCGCACGGAUUGGAGCAAAUCUGUGGGGGUAGUACGGAUUUCCCCUCACAGGAAAAGGCGGAAAGUUUUCUGAUGCAUCUGCUAAUGCCACUGUGUCUGAAGGUUUGUAGCGGACGUGGUAUUUUCGAUGUCGGUGAGCUUAAGCAGUCGGACAUUUCGUUCCUGGUGACGGCUGUGCUGAACGCAAUGAGUCCAGUUGCUGGACGUACGACACAGAUGGGCAUGCAGACGAAUCGUACCGGAGCGGAUUUACGGGCAGGAUCGCUAACGUUCACCGGGAGUAGGGAUGCGAAAAGACCGUCGAAAAUUUCUAGCUCACUGUAUCAGGCCACCUUUUUGGCACUGCGCGUGUUGUGCAUUUGUUUCGAAACUCGGUUAUCGAACGAAUGGCCUCGGAUUGCACGGGUAAUGCGUGAUUUGGGCCGCCGCAAUGAGGCCGCGCCGGAAUUGUGGAGUUUUUUGGAAUUUGUGGUUACGCAGCGGACCCCGCUGUACAUUGUUCUGAUGCCGUUCAUCAUGCAUAAGAUCUCACAACCACCGAUUGGAGAUCACGAGCGGCAUAUGCAGUUUUUAAUACGUGAACGAAUGCGAGGCACUCAGCCGACCGGUGGAACGAAGUCUCGCGGUGCCAUUUUAUUGGAACUGUCCCGCGAAUUGCGUGAGCUAAGAGAAGAGCUGGAAACAAGACGAUAUGAUCGUGACAUGUCUACGGAAACUUCAAAGCGAGAUAUCCCCAAUAUGCCACCUGCUCCGGAACAACAGCCCGUGCGGCAUCAGCAGCGUCCAUCGCUUAUAUCGAUGCUGACCGGUGUCCAGCCACCCGGUGGCUUUCCCGGUUCGCUACAACAACAACAGCAACAGCAGGCAGAUGCUCGCAGUGGCACCGGUAUCUGUACCUCCAGCGAUACCCUCUCCCAACAAACGCUCCAAGCGCCCAAGGGGGAGUCCUUGUCGAGCUCUACGACUACAACGACCAACAACCGUGACGCUGGUCUGAUAGCUGACUCGCAGAGUGCCGAUCUGACGCUUACCUCAUGCACACUAGCCGAGGCAGGCUCGGUAGACCUUCAAGCUACCCCGAUCGGUCGAGCGGAAGUGGCCGGUAUCGGUGGAAGCAUCCCACAUCUUUCCCACUCCGUAUCACUGCAGGCAUCCGGUGUGAAGACACAACCACCCCGUUUGCGGUUCGUAUCGUCCGUUGAGUUUAAAACUUCAUCCGGCGAAACGUCAACAACUCCACUCUCACCCGACAGCCUAGCGGACGAUAGUUCCGGCGAGAAUCACAACAAACAUCGGCUCCAACGAUCGCGUGCCCAGAGUCGCAAAACGUUCCGCAAUCGACGUGGUAUGCGGUCGAACAAUUUUAACGAAACGAGCUACAUACCGACCGUUGCCGGUGGAACCGGUAUGGCGAUGGUUGUUGGACCAUCGGUAAAUCCCGCUACGGUUGGAAAUGUACCGCCAUCAGCAGCAGGUAUAGUCGGAUCGGUUAUGCCCGGCCCAGGAGGACCACCGGUAAUGGCACCGAUCGUGAAUGAACCACCGUACGUGGAAGCACCCCUAAAUCGAACCAUUGCCACGCUCGGCGAUCUUAGCUGGGAUUCGGUUUCGCAAACAUCUUCAACGUCCGGAUAUCGGGAUAAUUAUAGUUUGCAGACGGGGCUGCUCUCGCCGGACGGUUCCCUAUCGGGGAAUGCGAUGGGUGGACGUUCAUCGUCUCAGCAUUCGCUGCUGAUGCUGUUCGAAACGCAGGACGAAGACACACUGAUUUAAAA